CGGAGGCCGCGGAACGGCGGCGGCGGGGCCCGCGUUGCCGCAGGGGCGCUGUUGGGACGGACCGGUCCGGGUGCAGCGCAACCAUGGCCGCCGGGCCCCGUGUGCUCAACGUGAACGUGGGGGUCCUGGGCCACAUCGACAGCGGGAAGACGGCGCUGGCUCGGGCGCUGAGCACCACCAGCUCCACCGCCGCUUUCGACCGGGCGCCGCAGAGCCGGGCGCGGGGCAUCACGCUGGACCUGGGCUUCUCCUGCCUGCGCACCGCUCUGCCGCCGCAACUGGGCCCAGGGCCCGGCGAGCUGCAGUUCACGCUGGUUGAUUGCCCCGGGCACGCCUCCCUCAUCCGCACCAUCAUCGGAGGUGCGCAGAUUAUUGAUCUAAUGAUGCUGGUGAUCGAUGUGACAAAAGGGAUGCAGACGCAGUCAGCAGAGUGCUUGGUCAUUGGGCAGAUUGCGUGCCAGAAGAUGGUGGUAGUUCUGAACAAAAUAGAUCUCCUUCCAGAGGGGAAGAGACAAAGUGCCAUUGAGAAGAUGACAAAGAAAAUGCAGAAGACCUUGGAAAAUACCAAGUUCUGCGGAUGCCCUAUUGUUGCUGUUGCAGCAAAGCCCGGUGGACCAGAAGCCCCAGAGUCUGAGAAUCCUCUGGGCGUUUCUGAAUUAAUCGAGGUCCUGAAGUCUCAGGCUUACCUGCCAUCAAGAGACCCCUCGGGACACUUCCUUAUGGCAGUUGACCACUGCUUCUCUAUCAAGGGUCAAGGCACGGUGAUGACAGGGACUAUUCUUUCUGGCUCCGUUAGCCUUGGUGACAAUGUGGAGAUUCCUGCCCUGAAGGUGACAAAGAAGGUCAAGUCCAUGCAGAUGUUCCAUACUCCUGUGACUUACGCUAUGCAGGGUGACAGAGUGGGCAUCUGUGUAACCCAGUUUGAUCCCAAGCUGCUAGAACGAGGCCUGAUCUGCACCCCAGAGUCACUUCACACCAUCCACGCUGCGAUCAUUUCCCUGAAGAAAAUCCAGUAUUUUCGAGGUGCUCUGCAGACCAAGGCCAAGUUCCAUAUCACAGUUGGCCAUGAAACUGUUAUGGGACGAGUGAUGUUUUUCAGUCCAGCCCCUGCUGACUUCAAUAAAGAAGUUCAAGAAAAUGCUUUUGAUUUUGAAAAAGAUUAUCUUUAUCAAGAGGUGUAUUUGUCCAAGGACUCAAGUUCUUCUGAGAACAAAGAGAAUGACCAGGCAGGAGAAGUCCAGCUCCCAAGACAACAGUGGGCUUUGCUAGAGUUUGAAAAACCAGUCACUUGUCCUAAACUGUGCCUUGUGAUCGGCUCCAAGCUGGAUACAGAUAUCCAUGCAAAUACCUGCAGGCUGGCAUUCCAUGGGGUGCUGCUCCAAGGCAUGGAAGACAAGAACUACAUGGAGACUUUCCUGCCAAAGCUGAAAGUGUACAAGCUGAAGCACAAAGAAGGACAAGUGGAAAGGGUGAUGGAUGAUUACAGUGUGAUUGGCCGUUCCUUGUUUAAAAAGGAAACAAACAUCCAGAUUUUCGUGGGUCUGAAAGUGAAGCUGUCCACUGGAGAGGAUGGGAUAAUAGAUGGUGGCUUUGGACAAAGCGGCAAGUUUAAGAUCCGAAUCCCAGAUGGGCUGAAGCCAGAAACCAAGACUCUUCUUACCACUGCCUCCAAGAAGAAAUCUAAGGCAGGGAAGGGGGAUGCAAUCAAAGAGGAUGAAAGCAGCAAGAAUGACUCAGUCCAACCCAUUACCAUCUCUCUUCUGUUUAAAAGAUAUGUCUUUGACACGCAGAAGAAGAUGAUUCAGUCCUGAGAAAGUAAGAGCAGCCUCUGAUCACGUGAAAGAUCAGACUCUGCAAUGAAUCUCAGGUGGAAUGUUU